GAGAAGUUGUUGCUAUCAAAUGUGUUUUAAAAAGUAGUUUAAACAAAGCUUCAACUGAAAAUUUAUUAACUGAAAUAGAGCUUUUGAAGAAUUUAAAGCAUGAACACAUAGUUACAUUGAAAGAUUUUCAGUGGGAUGCGAGCUACAUAUACCUCAUAAUGGAGUAUUGUAGUGGAGGAGACCUGUCCAGAUUUAUUCGAAGUAAAAGAGCAUUGCCAGAGCACAUAGCUAAAAGAUUUUUACAGCAGAUAGCUUCAGCAAUGAAGUUCUUGUGGGACAACAAUGUAGCACAUAUGGAUUUAAAACCACAAAAUAUUUUGUUAACCUCAAACACAAGCCCUCAGAUUAAAUUAGCUGAUUUUGGGUUUGCAAAACAUUUGUACGAUGGAGAUCGCCUACAUGUGAUGAGAGGAUCACCUUUAUAUAUGGCACCAGAAAUUGUCAUCCUUGGAACUUACGACAAUAGAGUUGAUCUCUGGUCUAUUGGUGUCAUACUUUAUGAAUGUCUCUUUGGUAAAGCACCAUUUGCAUCUAAAAACUUCAAAGAGUUAGGGGAAAAAAUUUGGGAUCAGAAACCUAUUGAGAUUCCUCAAGGCUGUAAUGUUUCUGAUAAAGCUAGAGAUCUGACUCUUCGUUUGUUACAAAGGUUACCUGCUAAAAGAAUUACAUUUGAAGAAUUUUUUGCUCACCCAUUUGUUGAUAUGGAACACAUUCCUUCAAAAGACUCUUUAACCAAAGCAAGUGAAAUAGUGGCAGAGGCAGUUAAAAAAGAUGAAGAGAGAGAUUACAAAACUGCUGUACGACUUUAUUGUGAAGCUCUCGACUACUUCAUGCCAGCCAUACACUAUGAAAAAAGUUUAGAAAAAAAGCAAGUUCUAAGAUCAAAGGUUCAAGCAUACAUGGAUCGGGCUGAAACUUUGAAGCAGAUAAUGAAAACAGAGCUCCACAAACCUUCUGUCAAACCACUGAGGUCACUGAGUACAGACUCAGAUAGCAGACUAGUAACAAGUAAAGGAGACCCCCCUACAUCCUCUGCUGGGACUAUCAGAUCCCUACCCCCCACACCCCCCAAGUCACAAGAAAGUGUUCAGCCUAGUGCCUUUGGUGCCUUAUCCAUCAGUGUCUCAGACCCAGCAGCCAUCACAAGAACCAUGUCAAACAACACCUUAGAUGAACUGAUGACAUUAUGUGCAGAUUCACAAGAACUAUUAGCUGUUCUCAAGUUAAUUAAUGCUGCUUUGAUAGAGGAACAAAAAGAUGAAUAUGAACAAUGUUUACAUCAUUAUGAACUGGCCUUGGGUGCUUUAUUAAAAAUAUUACCUUCUGAACCAAAAGGCAAGAGAAAAGAUUUGUUAAAAUCUCAGGUGACAGAUUGGAUGGACAGGGCAGAGAAAAUAAAAUCCUACCUAGACAUCAAAAACUUGAGCACCCAGGACACAACAGCACAGGAAGAGAUGUCUGAAUAUGAUUAUUUUAGUGAAUUAAAACAAUGUUGUAUUCAAUGACAACACAACCAGCUACUGAUGGAAAAACAAGCUAACUUGUGGAAACUUGAUUUAAGACUCACUGGUAAAAUAAAUAAACAAGUCUUCUUCACUAAAUCCCAAUUUACACAAGGUUUUAAAAAAAAUGAAUGUACUUUCGUAAUUUUUCUGUUAAUGUGUGGAAGGAUUUUUGUCUCAAACUCUUUAUUAGAAAAUGUUUAUAACUUCUUUUCAUAAUUUUACUGUCAUUAGCUUGUAUAUAAGAUGUAGUUGCAAUAGGAAUACAGGGUAGUAGAUCAGUUUACUGUACUGUGAAUACAUGAAAUAGUGAAUGUAGAACCAACAGCUUCACACAGUUCUUAUAGAAACUGCUACAUACAUUUGAAAGGGGAUUAAGAUUUUGUUAUUGAUCAGCUUCCAAUUUUUUGUGAUCCUUUUUUAAUUUAUUAUAAUGUGAUAUUUUUUUUAAUAUUUAAAUAUCCUGUAAAUAAAGAAUAAUGAUACACAUUACAUGUUAAUGUACAUCACCAAUGUAUCAUAUAUAAUACAUAUAAAAUUAAUGCUUCAUGUGUAUUUUACAAUUGCACAGGAAUUAUCAGCCUUAUUUGGUAAAACACAAAACUAUGUGCUCCUGAUUGGUUAAACACAAAAAUGUCUGGCCCAAUUUAAUAAAGCAUGAAAAUAUCUGGCCCUAUUUGGUAAAACAUAAAAGUGCUUGGCCCUAUUUGGUAAAACACAAAACUAUCUGGCCCAGAUUGGUAAAAACAGACCUGUGGCAGUUGUUCCUUAGCUGCUAACAUCAGAAAAACUUAUUUUAAAUCUAAAUUUUUAACUGUGUUCACUCCAAGCCUAGUCUUUUUUACAUAAGAACCUUCCUACAUCCUAAUGAUUAAAUAAAUUUGUGCUGUUAUUUUUAUAUAUUUAUUUAUGUUACAUAAACAUAUAAUCCAUCCCACUAUGUGGGAAAUAUUUGUGUAUUUACCAGUGACAACUUGUAAUUGUUUUGUGGGAAACAUAUAUGUAUGUAGCAAAGUUACUUAUUUUGUGGGAACAAUUUCUGUAACAAUGUUUAUGUUCUAGUAAAAAAUAUUACCAAAAAAAAUUAUCUACUGUAUAACUCUCCAACAACUGAUUGUAAUGGGUUGUUUUGCUCAAGUUAUAAACAUCCAUACAUCCGUGCGUUGACAGAUCCCCCAUAGUAUCCCUAGCCUGAAUGCUGUUCAGGAAUAAUCUCGCUUUUAUCCACUCAAAAUAGCAAAUUCUUGUAAAUGGCAAACAGAAGUGUUGCCAUAAAUUAAGCUUUCUAAUUAGUUGGAAAGCAAAUAUGUAAAGACAAUAAAUAUAGGAAGUUUUUAACUGUUGACUUGUUGUACACCUCUCCAGCCAGUAUUGCUGAUUUAUGGUGGUGAUCAAUGGUUUCUAUCAGGGGAUAUAACCCAGAAUGAGACCAAAGAUUUUUUAUCAAAGCUUUUAACUUGCUUUUAUGGUUGUUGAAGAUGUAUAUUCAAUACUUGAAAAAUUGAAGUUGUCCUUGAAAAUCUUUAAUUAUUGUAGUUAGUUCUGUUUAUUUUAAUUUUCUAAAUUAGGGUGUUCUAGUUUAAACAAGAUGAGUUGCUGUCUUAAGCAUAGUUUGUCUCUGGAUCAAUAAAAUUAAACAUCAAAAUAUCAGCAGCAUUUUAAACCAUUAGGUUUUUCUACCAAUUUGAAAGAUAGAUAACUCCAACUGGUUUACAAUGUUCUCAUGUUUUCAAUGUUUACUUUUAUUCAAAUCUAGAACAUGCUUUUAUUCAGUGUUGCUGGGUUUUGAAAUGUUUUGAUUUUUGC